AUGGCAAAAGUGCAUGCUCAGCUCAAGACAGGCGAGCUCCUAGCGACUUUUGCAAGCGAGCACAUCGUCCUAGCCACCCUCAACCGUCCACGAGCCAUGAACGCAAUGCACGACGCACUCGAGGCCGACCUCACUGCUCUCUUUGACUGGACAGAGCAAGAGGCGAGCGUGUGGUGCGUCGUCCUCACCGGCGCGGGCAAGGCAUUUUGCGUGGGACAAGAUCUCAAAGAUUGGCUUAAGAGAUCGCAUGACGGAGCGCCGAGACCCUUCAAGCCGCACGGCUUUGGCUCACUGUCGCGUCGUCGCCUGUCGAAGCCACUCAUCCUUGCCAUCAAUGGUGCAUGCCUGGGCGGAGGCUGCGAGAUCCUCGUCAACAGCGAUCUCGUCGUCGCCUCUCGAAAGGCCAUCUUCGGGUUCCCGGAAGUCUCGAGAGGCGCCGUUGCGGCUCAGGGAGGUAUCCCUCGCCUCAGCCAGCUUUGCGGUCACAUGCUGGCUAGCGAGCUGCUUCUGACAGGCAAGAUCAUCACUGCACAGCAAGCGCACGAUCGCUUUCAUCUCGUCAAUAUCCUCGCAGAACCAGGUCAAGUCGUAGAUAAAGCGCUCGAGCUGGCUUCCCAGAUCGUAUCCGCUUCGCCUAGCGCCGUUCAGGUAACGAAGCAGUCUUUAGAGAGUAGCCGAAUAGGAUGCGGAGGAGUAGAGAAAGCUACAAUCCGCGGGACAUCAUCCGAGGAAAGCAAGGCAUUGUAUGUUGGCGCGAAUCUCAAAGAAGGCUUAGCAUCAUUCGCACAGCGACGCCCUCCGAGAUGGUCGAAUCCCGAGUGGCAGAAAUCUUCCAAGCUGUGA